CGGACUUAGUGUACAGUCUCAGGGUGCUGGACUUAGUGUACAGUCUCAGUCAGCUGAUGGCUUGCUCACCGCCAGACACAACCACCGGUGCUAUCGGCCAGUGGGAUGGCGCGAUCAGCAGAGCCCAGGUUGACCGGCCCCUACAUUAUGCUGCUCCUGUCAGUAUGGCGAGAGUCAUCGGCGAGUGAGAAAUGAGCCAGAAUUCCUCUGCGUAUUCGGCCUACCACGGCAUUUUACACCGCUCAAAGUCCGCGAAAUAGGUGCGCUUCCCUGUGGAAUAUCAUCCAUCCGGCCACCGGCCUCACCUCAGAGAUUCCGCCAUGGAUAUCAAGGGAUCCUACAGAGCCUCCACGCCCAAAACAACGCCGGAGCAUUACGGCAUUCACCCACGGUCCCCUCCACCAACCAACGACACAAAAUGAUCGUGGUUAAAGAGGAGCAGCAGGAGUGGAGCUCCAGUGUGGACCAGGAGGACCCAGAGCCCCCACACAUUAAAGAGGAAGAGGAGGAACUGUGGAGCAGUCAGGAGGGAGAGCAGCUUCAAGGGCUGGAGGAGGCUGAUAUCACCAAGUUCCCAUUCACUCCUGUCGCUGUGAAGAGUGAAGAUGAUGAAGAGAAACCUCAGUCUGAGGGACACCACUGUGGAGGACCAGCAGGACCAGGACCAGUGCCCAAAGAUGGCAUAUUACCAGUGCCCAGAGAGUCUUCUGAAGCUGAGACUGAUGACAGUGAUGAAGACUCAAUCGUAGCCGAGAUUGAAGUCAGUCUUGAUGACCUGGACGAGACCAGAGAACCUCAGUCGGGUUUAAACUCCCUGAAAACUGAUUCCAGACGUAGACCUGGUGAGAAACCAUUCAUCUGCUCCGAGUGUGGGAAAACAUUUGGCCGCAGGACACAUCUCAAGAUCCACAUGAGAACUCACACAGGAGAGAAACCGUUCAGCUGUUCCGUCUGCACGAAGUCCUUCACCGUUGGCGCACAUCUGCAGACGCACAUGAGAAUCCACACCGGAGAGAAACCCUUCAGCUGCUCCGAGUGCGGGAAAGCGUUUGGCAACAAGGUGGAUCUGAAGAGACACUCAACCAGUCACACAGGCCUGAAACCAUUCAGCUGCUCCGAGUGUGGGAAAAGAUUUGGCCUUAAGGCGGGUCUGAAGACGCACAUGAAAACUCACACAGGGGAGAAACCAUUCAGCUGCCCUGAGUGUGGGAAAAGGUUCAACAACAAGACUAAUAUGAAGAUCCACAUGACGGUGCACUCAGGAGAGAAACUAUUCAGUUGCUCUCAGUGUGAGAAAUCUUUCACACGAAGUGGUUAUCUACAGACGCACAUGAAAACGCACACUGGAGAGAAACUAUUCAGCUGCUCUGUCUGUAAGAAGUCGUUCACACGGAGCGGAUAUUUACAGACACACAUGAGGAUCCACACGGGAGAGAAACUCUUCAGCUGCUCCGUGUGCCAGAAAUCCUUCACAGGAAGUGGAUACUUAGAGACACACAUGAGAACCCACACAGGAGAGAAACCAUUCACCUGCUCAGUGUGUGAGAAAUCGUUUACACAGAGAGGAAGUUUACAGACGCACAUGAGGACUCACACAGGAGAGAAGCCCUACAGCUGCUCUGUGUGUCAGAAGUCUUUCACACAGAAGGGAAGUUUACAGCUUCACAUGGGCGUCCACACCGGAGAGAAACGAUUCAGCUGCAGUGUCUGUGGGAAGUCCUUCAGACAGCGUGACAGGUUACAGACACACAUGAGAGUCCACACAGAAGAUAAACCAUUCAGCUGCUCUGUCUGUAAGAAGACCUUCACCAGGAGCGGGCACUUACAGAUGCACACCAGGAUUCACACCGGAGAGAAACCGUUCAGCUGCUCUGACUGCGAUCUGAAAUUCACCUGGGUUUAUCAGCUCAGGAACCAUCGGUGUGUUGGCCGCCAGUCCUCACAGCGCCAUGGCGGAGAAGACUGUGGAGGACCAGAACCAGACAGGAACCCAGAUCCAGAUCCAGAUUUACAGUCUGACACUGAUGGCAGGAUCAGAGACAUUGUUGUAGCUGAGAUUGAAGUCAGUAUUGAUGAUUGGAAGGAGACCAGAGAACCUAACAACAGGACGGCGGAGAGUCCUGAACCUGAGGGGGACGACAGCGAGUUUUAGAAAGACGAGAAAGAAAAAACAAACUGUCAGAUUUGAACAAUUUGUGACCAUGGAGCACCACAAUGACUAUUUAGUCACAUUAUCAAAAGAAAACAGUUCAUUCUGAUUUUAUUAUUUGAUGCAGCAUCCUCAGUCAUCUGGAGCUGGACUUGUUCUUCAGGAUUCUUUCAGAAC